ACACAUUGAAUUCUUAUUUUCUCUGGUUUUACUUCUGCUGUUCUACUUUAUACUAGCCUACAUCUCUGUGUUUAAUACCAAGCUCACUGCCAAGAUUGUUGCGACAGAAAUUGUUAUGAUUGAUGCACAUUAGUUCCAUCAUUUCAAACACAGACAAUGUUCUUGAGUGGAUUAUUGGUAACUUUUAGUGAAAGCAGUCUAUUUGCACUAUAACAAGGUUCCUGGUGUCAGACUCGUAGUAGUAAGGAGGAAUCAGGGUUUACCCAGUUUCCGAAUAAGUAAUGUUUGGAGAGCUUGAGCAUCCUAUUGACUCGAUGAGAUCAAGAUGUAUAUAACGCUACAUUACCCAGAUACUGUUGAGCUAUUUGUUAGUCCGUUUCAAUAUAUGCUGAGGGUACAUAACAUCGAACUUUAUAGCUCUGCAAGCUGGAAUUGGAGAAAUAAUUAUGGGAUAGAAGAAAUACCCGUUUAAGAAAUGGAAAGCUGCUUAGCCGGCACGAAAUGUGAGGGAUAAAAAUCAAUCCAUUUCUUGGAUAUGCCGAGGAGAGUAUCUCUUGAUUGUUCUGUUCUCUUAUCUUUGUUAUUUUACUUGAGCUUUCUGGAAUAAUUCUACUGUAUUGUGCCAAUUUUAGGGCUAUUACUGAAUUACACGAUGUGAUCAUUCAUAGCCCACCUCAUUUUUAGAGCACUGUGUAUGCAGAACCCUUUCAAGGAUGCUAUACACGUCGUGUUUACUUCACAUAAUGCUACAAAUCUUCAAUUAUUGCAGUCCUGCAUCGCCAAGAAUACUAUAGGAAAGCUAUUCUACUUUAAUAUCAAUAACAGGGGAUUUACAGAUUUCACAAACACUCUUUUUCAGAAUACACUUAUCAACAUGUAUGGCAAAUGCGGAAAUUUGAUGGAUGCUCGCAAAGUUUUUGACCACAUGAUUGGACGAGAUAGCUUCUCAUGGAAUACCGUAAUUGCAGCAUACCAGAGGCAUGGCUUUCCUCAGGAGGCAUUGACAUUGUUUAGCCAAAUGCAAGGAACGGUUAUCCAAUGCGAUCAGUUCACUUUUGGCAGCAUCCUCGCAGCCUGUGCCAAAAUGGGAGCUUUAGAACAGGGAACAGAGAUACAUAAAGCAAUAAUUGAAAGUGGGCUUUUGUUAGAUGUUAUAGUUGGGACUGCAUUGACAGACAUGUAUGUAAAAUGUGGAAGUAUGAUGAAGGCACGCGAGUUGUUUGAUAAAAUGCCUCACCGGAAUGUGGCGUCAUGGAAUGCAAUGAUUUCUGGAUAUGCACAAAAUGGUGUUCUUGAUGAAGCUGUAAGGCUUUUCAAAGAAAUGCCUCAACAAAAUGUUAUCUCUUGGAAUACCAUGAUUGCAGGAUAUGCACAAAAUGGUUUUCUUGUGGAGGCUUUAAGGCUUUUCAAAGAAAUGCCUCAACGAAAUGUGGUUUCAUGGAUUGCAAUCAUAGCGGGAUAUGCUAAAAAUGGGUUUUUAGAAAUGGCUUUGGAUGUUUUUAAGCAAAUGCAAUCGGUAAAUGUAAAACCCAACCCAGCAACCUUUGCCAUUGUCCUUCCAGUGUGCGCCAAGAUGGGAGCUUUAAAACAGGGUAUGGAGAUCCAUCAAAAAAUUAUUGAAAGCAGUUUCUUUUCCAAUGUUAUAAUCAAGACUGCCCUAAUGGACAUGUAUGCAAAAUGUGGAAGUAUCAAGAAGUCACGCAAACUAUUUGACAAAAUAAAUCAUCCAAAUGUGAUCUCCUGGACUGGAAUAAUUGCAGGAUAUGCACAAAAUGGGUUUCUUGACGAGGCUCUAAGGCUUUUUAUAGAGAUGCCUCAAAGAGAUGUGGUUGCAUGGAAUGCAAUUAUUGCUGGAUAUGCACAAAAUGGGCUUGUUGAAGAAGCUUUGCAGAAAUAUGAAAAAAUGCAAAUGGCGGAUGUAAAUCCAAAUGCAGCCACCUUUGCCAGCCUCCUCCCAGCGUGUGUGGAAAUAGGAGCUUUAGAACAGGGAAUGGAGAUCCAUCAAAGGAUAAUCAAAACUGGAUUUUCAUUGGAUAUUGUAGUUGUGACAACCCUUAUAGACAUGUAUGCAAAAUGUGGAAGCAUACAGAAGGCACAUGAACUAUUUGACAAAAUGCCUCAACGAAGUUUGGUUUCAUGGAAUGCGAUGAUUGCUGGAUACACACAAAAUGGUUUACUUGACAAAGCUUUAAGGACCUUUAAAGAUAUGCCUCAACGAAAUGUGCUCUCAUGGAAUUUGAUGAUUGUAGGGUAUGCACAAAAUGGUUUUCUUGAGGAGGCUAUAACGCUUUUCAAAGGAAUGCCUCAAAAAGAUGUGGUUUCAUGGAGUGCAAUCAUUUCUGGACAUGCACAGAAUGGGUUUGUUCUAGAGGCCUUAGAGAUUUUUAAGGAAUCGCAACAGGCAGGUGUAGAGCCAAACUCAGCGAUCUUUGCCAGCAUCCUUCCAGCUUGCACCAAACUUGGAGCUUUGGAACACUGUAAGGAGGUCCAUUUAAAAAUAAUCGAACAUGGAUUUUUGUCAGAUGUUGUAGUUGUAAAUGCGCUGAUAGACAUGUAUGCAAAAUGUGGAAACAUACGGAAGGCGCGUGGGCUGUUUGACAAAACACAUCAACCGAAUGUGGUGUCAUGGACUGUGAUGGUUGCAGGAUAUGCAAUGCAUGGCUAUAGCACACAUGCUCUCAAACUCUUUGAAUUAAUGAAACAGUCUGGAACCAAUCCUGAUCAUAUAAGCUUUAUUAGUGUUUUAUUUGCAUGCAGCCAUGCAGGUCUAGUGGAUGAGGGUUGUAAAUACUUCAAAUGCAUGAGUGAUUCUUAUUGCAUUAUGCCUGCAAUGGAUCAUUAUGCAUGCAUAGUUGAUCUUUUGGGCCGAGCUAACUACCUUGAGGAAUCGCUGAACUUUAUCAUCAAAAUGCCAAUUAAACCUGAUGUAGUUGUGUGGAUGUGUUUGCUUGGCUCCUGUAGGUCACAUAAAAGUAUAGAGCUAGGAAAAUUUACGGCUGCACUCCUUUCUGAGUUUGAUCCUCGAAAUGCUACACCUCAUGUUCUUCUAUCUAACAUUAAUGCAGAAUUGGGAAGGUGGGGCGAGGUCCAAAAGAUAAGAGAAAUGGUGAAACAUAGAGGAAUUAAAAAGAUACCCGGAUGUAGUUGGAUUGAAGUCCAAAACAUGGUGCAUACUUUCUGUGUAGGAGACACAUCACAACCGCACGCACAGGAGACAUAUUCAAAUUUGGGGGAAUUGUCUUGGGAGACGAAGGCAACAGGAUAUUCUGGAUAGAAGACGUAUUGAACGAUGAGGAGAAGGAAUUAUUCCUCUCACACCAUGGUCAGAAGUGUGUAAUUGCAUUUGAGUUGUUUGAGUCAUCCCAUAGAACAACCAUUUGGUUUGCCAAGGACUUUCCAUUAUGUGUGGACUGCCACACUGCGACCAAGUUAUCACCAAUAUUGUUGCAACUUGCGAGAGACAUUGUGAGAGAUGAAAAAUGGUUCCAUCAUUCCAAACAUAGGAGAUUUUCUUGCAGAGAUUAUUGGUGAUACUACGGGAUUUCACAAUAACAAGGUGCAUGGCGUCAGACUUGCAAUCAAGAAAAGAAAUGCUUUUUCCAGAAAUCUUCAUUUGUAAAUGUUUGGAGAGCCAGACCACGCAGUUGUUGAAAACACAGUGCAUGAUACGCAUCACUUCCUGGGAAGCCUGUGCAGCUAUGGAGGGCAAAUCUGGAGGAGCAGAAGAAUGAGAAUAUGCAAAAUCAGAAAAAUGCUCCAAGGAAAUGAGGUGCUGCUUGAGCCGGCAAGAAACGUUACUAGGAGAGCAUCUCGUGAUGGUUUUUUGCUACUAGCUUGUUUCAUUUAUAAUGGCUUUUUGUGUAGUUUAAUUCUCCCAUCUCGUGUCUAUGUCACGCAUACCAUUUUAGCCUGAAUAAUACGUUCAAUUCAGGGACAAACAA